ACCUGCGCGCCAGGGCGCUGGGCUGGGCACCUGCAAAGGCCCGGCGACCUCCCGGCCCGGGAAGCCCAGCGAGGUUCGGGGCGGUGACGGGGGCACGGGGCGGGCCAGAAGGAACGGCCUUGGGACUGGCCCAAAGGGGGACCUCGGGAGACCCGUGACUGAUGGGGUCCGUCCUGAACGUCCUGAACGGGAGCUCAACUUUCAGGAGACACACCAGCGAGAUUCUCGGGAGUGCUCCAGCUCCUCGGCUUCAGGCUUCAUGGGCCAGACGGCCCUGGCAGGGGGCAGCAGCACCCACACCCCACAGGCCCUGUACCCCGACCUCUCUUGUCCCGAAGGCUUGGAGGAGCUGUUGUCUGCUCCCCCUCCUGACCUGGGGGUGCAACGGCGGCACGGCUGGAACCCCAAGGACUGCUCAGAGAACAUCGAGGUCAAGGAAGGGGGGUUGUGCUUUGAGCGGCGGCCCGUGGCCCAGAGCACUGAUGGGGCCCGGGGUAAGAGGGGCUACUCGAGGGGCCUGCACGCCUGGGAGAUCAGCUGGCCGCCGGAGCAAAGGGGCACCCACGCCGUGGUAGGCGUAGCCACGGCCCAGGCCCCACUGCAGGCUGACCACUAUGCGGCGCUGCUGGGCAGCAACAGCGAGUCUUGGGGCUGGGACAUUGGGCGGGGGAAACUGUACCAUCAGAGCAAGGGGCCAGGGGCCCCUCAAUAUCCAAUCAGACCUCAGGGUGAGCAUUUUGAGGUGCCAGAGAGGUUGAUGGUGGUUCUGGACAUGGAAGAGGGGACGCUGGGCUACGCUAUUGGGGGCACCUACCUGGGGCCAGCCUUCCGCGGACUGAAGGGUAGGACCCUCUAUCCGGCAGUAAGCGCUGUCUGGGGCCAGUGCCAGGUCCGCAUCAGCUACCUGGGCGAAAGGAGAGUUGCAGGCUCCAGCAGAGGCUCCUCUGGAGAGCAGUUAGAGCAGAGGAGGGCCGGCCUUCCUUGCACCUCACUGCCUCUGCUCCAAGGCCCACCGCUUCCACUGUCAGGGCCACCCUGGCCUAUUGCUCAGGGCCAUAGCUGGAACCUCACCCUCCACCUCAGGGAUGCAAUGGAAUGGGAUGUGUGACAUCUGUGAUCCCUUCCCCCAAGAGCAGAUGUACCACUUGAAGUUACCUUCGAUGUCCCUCAGUCAAGGUGGGAGCAGAUUGGAAGCAGGAAAGCAGCAGGGCACCUGGGUAGGACUUGGUAAUUUGAGGGUGUCUUGGAUGGUGGCUACAUCCCUACUUACUUUCCCUCCUUCUCUCUCCCAGCCGAGCCACACUCCCUUCUGCAUCUGAGCCGCUUGUGUGUGCGCUGCGCCCUGGGGGACACCCGGCUUGGCCAGGUCUCCGCU